AUGCCUUCCCCUUGUGCGGAUCAGCCAUGCAGGUGGGGCGGCUCACCUCAGGAGGACAGGCUGUGUUUUGGUGAGACAGUCCCACCGUGGCUCUCAGAGGAUGACAUCCAGAAGAUGGAGCUGCUGGCCCGUGGCCAAGUAGUCUCUAAACGCCGUGUGCCAGCCCAUGGGCAGGUCCUGCGCAUCCGUCUGCGUGCUGAUGGUGACACCCAGCCUGCCAGUCCAGGGGAGGACUGUGGGGAUGGGCGAUGUGGGCUCAUCAAGCGCUCCACAGACCUCUAUGAGGUGGUGGCCUUCCACCUGGACAGGGUCUUAGGGCUGAACAGGAGCCUGCCCGCAGUGGCCCGCCGCUUCUCCAGCCCCAUCCUACCCUACAGCUAUACCAAUGGUGUCCCCCGGCCCCUCAUCUGGUGGGCACCUGACGUCCAGCACCUGGAGGACACCAACAAUGACCAGAACUCCUGUGCCCUGGGGUGGCUGCAGUAUCAGGAGAUGCUACGGUCCCACAGUGUGGCCCCGGUGGCAGGAGACACAGCCUGUGCAAGCAUCCAGCGCGGUGAGUGGGGCCGCUUGGCGCUCUUCGACUUCCUCCUGCAGGUUCAUGACCGCCUGGACCGAUAUUGCUGUGGAUUCGAGCCUGACGCCUCCGAGCCCUGUGUGGAGGAGAUGCUCCAUGAAAAGUGUCGAAACCCAUCCGAGUUGUUCCUGGUGCACAUCCUGGUCCGGAGGAGCGCUCCAUCCCAGCUGGUGUUUAUAGACAACGCAGGCCGGCCACAGCAACCAGAGUCAAAGCUCAACUUCAGGCUGCUGCAGGGCAUAGACAGCUUCCCAGAGACAGCUGUGGCCACACUGAGGUCGGGCUGCCUGACCCACAGGCUGCUGAAGUCGCUGUACAGGGACCAGGAGCUGUGGGAGAGCCAGGGAGGUGCUGCAGGGCUGUGGCCUCUGCUGCAGGUCCUGGAGAGGCGGGGACAAAUCCUGCUGCAGUACCUCCAGGAGCACAACCUGACUGUGGUGAGGGACACCCUGCGCUGA